GAAUCUUUUCACCUUCAUUCUUUGACAGUAUGGAGCAUCUUGCAAUACACCUUCCAUAUGAGGCUCGUGUAGGAGGACCGAUGCAAUUUCGAUGGAUGUAUCCAUUUGAGAGGCUGAUGCAUUGUCUUAAGUUGACGGUGAAAAACAAGCAACGUCCUGAAGCAUCCAUAUGUGAAAGUUACAUAAUGUCUAAGAUCACAAAUUUUAUCUCUCAUUACUUGCAUGAUGGGGUGCAUAGUACAAUUGAUAAUCCCAUGAGGAAUAUUGUUGUUGGAUUUGGUGAUAAUAGUGGCCUAUCAAUCUUUAAAUGUGUUGGAAAACGUAUUGGUUCCAAAAUUGAAAGACGUUGCUUGACAGUAGAGUAACGCAAAGCUGCUUCGUAUUAUGUGUUAAUGAAUUGCAAAGAAUUGCGAGGAUGGGUCAAGUAAAAAACCUACACUAAUAUCUUUAAUAUCUUUAAUUUGUUAUGUUAAGAUUCAUUGAAUUAAAAUACUAACAAUAUAUAAAAAAUUAUUAUCAAACUUUAUAGUUUAUUUGAGAGAGAACAAUGUCAAAAUAUGAAUUCUCAACAAAUUCAAGCAAAACGCGAGAGAGACCUUGUGCCCUGGUUUGAACAAGCUGUAAUUAGUGAUAAGUUCAUUAAUGUCCAUGAGCAUAUCAAAGGUUUAUCUAGUGGUCCAAAAAAUUAUGUUUCUUGCUAUAAUGGAUAUAUUGUCAAUGGAUUCCAAUUUCACACUGCCCACUAUGGUAGAAAUAAGCAAACAAUGAAUUAUGGUGUCUGUGUUGUCAGAUCUAUUGGUACUGAAUCAGAUUAUGAUUUUUAUGGUGUGCUUCAAGAAAUAAUACAGAUUGAGUAUUAUG